GGCGGCGCGGGCGGAGGCGGCGGGGCCGCGGAGCGCUGGGCACACACUUUCCUGCAGGAGAAGGAGCAGGAGGAGCAGGAGGAGCAGGAGGAGCAGGAGCAGGGGGCCCAACGUGAGUGGCGGCCGAUGCAUGCGUGUCCCCGCAGCCCCUGGGUGUUUGGGUCGGGCCGUGUGCGCCUGGGGCUCGGCCACUGCACCUCCCGCGGACCCCCCUUCCCCUCGCCAGCCCGAGCCCUCCUCUCUCCCCGCCGGAUUCUCAUCACCUCCAUUUCAGCACAAGACAGCGACCUGCGGGGACCCUUCUGCAGCGGCGGCAGCCAAACAAUCAGCAUUUAAGAUGUCGACCGAGGGACAGAGAGUGGAUGACAGUCCAAGUACCAGUGGAGGCAGUUCCGACGGAGACCAACGUGAUGGUGUUCAACAAGAACAAGAAAGAGAGCAAGUGCAACCCAAGAAAAAAGAAGGAAAAAUUUCCAGUAAGACAGCUGCUAAAUUGUCAACUAGUGCUAAAAGAAUUCAAAAAGAACUAGCAGAAAUUACAUUGGACCCUCCUCCAAACUGUAGUGCUGGACCCAAAGGAGACAACAUAUAUGAAUGGAGAUCAACUAUAUUGGGGCCCCCAGGCUCUGUGUAUGAAGGAGGAGUUUUCUUCCUUGACAUUACCUUCUCACCAGACUAUCCGUUUAAGCCACCUAAGGUUACGUUUCGGACUAGAAUCUAUCACUGUAAUAUUAACAGCCAAGGAGUGAUCUGUCUGGACAUUCUGAAAGACAACUGGAGUCCAGCGCUCACCAUUUCCAAAGUUCUUCUCUCCAUCUGCUCACUUCUCACAGACUGCAACCCUGCUGAUCCCCUGGUUGGAAGUAUUGCCACUCAAUACAUGACUAACAGAGCAGAACAUGACAGGAUGGCCAGACAGUGGACCAAGAGAUACGCCACAUAGGAACCUACUACAGAUGCUGCUGGACCUGUGCAAGCACAUUCACUAAGUGCAUCAAUAGCCCUUCCCUUCCCUUCGUUCUUAUUUUUUUAUUAAGUUUUCAACCAUUUUGUGACAAUAGGUUGUUCUUUCUUUUUUAUUUUUUCUUUUUCUUUUUUCUUUUUUUUCUUUUUUGAUUCUCUUAACUUGAAAGUCGUUUCCCUCAAAGUAGAUGGGAAUUUUUUUUGUUUUCAGUGCAAAGAAUGUUGGAUCUGUAAUAGUAUAGAGCUUUGUCCAAAGCUUUGUAUUAAUGUGUGUUUUUUUUCCUUUUACGUGGUCUUUGGGAAAACAGAAAAAUUCAAAACUAUAUCUCGUUUCUACUUAAAUGUAGUGUUUAGGGUUAAUUUUUUGUACUGAAGUCUUUAAUGGUGGGUGCAUGCUACUGGGAACAAGUUUUGUAUAAAAGCUUAAAAUCAAGAAUCACUGUGCAUUACUGAGACUCUGUUUAUCACUAGCCUUCUGUUUCCCACACAAAGGCUAUUGGAGCGAACGAAAUAAUAUGUAUUUUGAUUUACUUAAAGUGCUUGUAAAUUUCUUAGGGACCUGCCACUUUUGACUGUGGAUCAGUUGAUGUACACUUGUAUUAUUAAAGCACUCAAUAAAACACUGUGGCUGAUAAAUUCA